UGACUCUGGUGGUGACAUGGUGUAGUUCUUUUGUAGUAUCUUAAUGUUACGAGAUCUACUGUCAUUUGUUGUCAUUUUUAUUAUUAUUAAGAAAGUCCGAUUUUUUCCCAAAAACAAAUCAAAUGAGUAAAAUGCUAUCAUCUAUGGUGAAAGAACACCAAGCGAGACAAACAGCGAAGAAGGAAAUUCAAGAAACCAAGCGUAAAGAUGCAUGCGCCGCCGCCAGCGACCUUACUCAAGCUCUCGUUGAUCAUCUAAACGUAGGAGUGGCCCAAGCCUACCUCAACCAAAAGAAACUGGAUGCGGAAGCUAAACAACUACACGCUAGCGCUACCAAUUUUUCUAAACAAACCCAGCAAUGGUUGAAUUUGGUGGAGUCUUUCAGUAGUGCUUUAAAAGAGUUGGGAGAUGUGGAGAACUGGGCCAAGACUAUCGAAGGAGACGUGAGGACGAUAUCGACAGCAUUGGAAAUUGUGUACAAGAAUUCUCAAGAAGCGUCAGCUUCACAGAGCCAAUGAUAAAAUUAAAUGUGAUUUUAUAAUCUUACUGAUAAGCUUGUUUUUUGAAAUUUGUAAUAAAUAAUGUUGGAUUAA